ACUCUUUUAUCUUUUCAAAAAAAGUACAACGGUUCAGACCUAACCAUUCAAAAUGGGUAAGGAAGACAAGACUCACAUCAACAUCGUCGUUAUCGGCCACGUCGAUUCCGGCAAGUCGACCACCACUGGUCACUUGAUCUACAAGUGCGGUGGUAUUGACCAGCGUACCAUUGAGAAGUUCGAGAAGGAAGCCGCCGAGCUCGGAAAGGGUUCCUUCAAGUACGCUUGGGUUCUUGACAAGCUCAAGGCCGAGCGUGAACGUGGUAUCACCAUUGACAUUGCCCUCUGGAAGUUCCAGACCUCCAAGUAUGAGGUUACCGUCAUUGAUGCCCCUGGUCACCGUGACUUCAUCAAGAACAUGAUCACUGGUACCUCGCAGGCUGACUGCGCCAUUCUCAUCAUUGCCUCCGGUACUGGUGAGUUCGAGGCUGGUAUCUCCAAGGAUGGCCAGACCCGUGAGCACGCUCUGCUCGCUUUCACCCUCGGUGUUAAGCAGCUCAUCGUUGCCCUUAACAAGAUGGACACCUGCAAGUGGUCCGAGGACCGUUACAAGGAAAUUGUCAAGGAAACCUCCAACUUCAUCAAGAAGGUCGGAUACAACCCCAAGUCCGUUCCUUUCGUCCCCAUCUCCGGUUUCAACGGUGACAACAUGUUGGAGGCCUCCACCAACUGCCCCUGGUACAAGGGUUGGGAGAAGGAGACCAAGGCCGGCAAGUCCACCGGUAAGACUCUCCUCGAGGCCAUCGACGCCAUUGAGCCUCCUGUCCGUCCCACCGACAAGCCCCUCCGUCUUCCCCUCCAGGAUGUCUACAAGAUCGGUGGUAUUGGAACGGUUCCCGUCGGCCGUGUCGAGACCGGUAUCAUCAAGCCCGGCAUGGUCGUCACCUUCGCCCCCGCCAACGUCACCACCGAAGUGAAGUCCGUUGAGAUGCACCACCAGCAGCUCACCGCCGGUAACCCCGGUGACAACGUCGGCUUCAACGUCAAGAACGUUUCCGUUAAGGACAUUCGCCGCGGUAACGUCGCUGGUGACUCCAAGCAGGACCCCCCUAUGGGCUGUGCCAACUUCACCGCCCAGGUCAUCGUCCUCAACCACCCCGGUCAGGUCGGCAACGGUUACGCCCCCGUCCUUGACUGCCACACUGCCCACAUUGCUUGCAAGUUCGAGAAGAUCCAGGAGAAGAUUGACCGCCGUACCGGUAAGGCCGUCGAGACCGAGCCCAAGUUCAUCAAGUCCGGUGACGCUGCCAUCGUCACCAUGGUUCCCUCCAAGCCCAUGUGUGUUGAGGCUUUCACUGAGUACCCCCCUCUCGGUCGUUUCGCCGUCCGUGACAUGCGCCAGACCGUCGCUGUCGGUGUCAUCAAGGCCGUCGAGAAGAGCGCCGGUGGUGCCGGUAAGGUCACCAAGGCCGCCGCCAAGGCUGGUAAGAAAUAAGCGUUGGGCGCUUCGGUUAUCUAAAUGGAUAUUGUGCAUGAAUGAUGGUUUUAGUUUGAAAUGCGCAUGAACUAGACUUUGACGAGUAGAAAUAACUCGCAAUGAAAAUGGCUUUAUGACUUCUUCAAUUAAUCUGUUUCCACUUAACGUAGCUCCAGUAUUAUAUCCUAGUACCGCUUAUUACAUUGUACCUUGUGGUUUAGUGAUGUUCUUGUGACUGCGGCAGACUAUACCGAAGUCUUGUCCGGCAAUAGACACGACGCACACACGGUGUUUAGGUAUUGAACCCUGGUGAACCCCAUUCGACUUGUAUUUAAUUCAUCAUUAUCCUGUAACCCUUAUCUAUAUAUUACAUCUGUUUACUUUGUACGAUAAAUAUGAUGCUGUUAUCCUCCAUUCUGAAUCCAAUAUUCGGCCUAGGAUUAUGCAAUACCAC